AUGGACGGGGUACGGUCACCGGCCACGGUAGAGUCAUUCGACGCUGCCCCAGCCACCACAAUGGCGGAAGCGAUUGACCGAGCGACGGGGAAGGAGAACCACAGCAACCGCAGAUCCCCCGCCAUCNAAGCGGACCGAGAAGCCCAGGGCACCGGCAACGUGAACGUCCUCAGAACCACGGCAGACAAUUCGGCGGAUGGAACACAAAUGACCGGCACCGGGACAGGGGCAAGAACGGGAACGACGAACAACCACAAGGACGUUACAAGUCCGCAAAUAUUUUGUGUUCAUGUUCCUGCUCUAAAUGCCCGUGACCAUCAUAUUCCAUUGAUUAAGAGGUUUAUUAAUGACACACCGGGAGACGUGUUAAUGGAUACCAGGUCAGAGCGCACCCUAGUACGACAGGGUCCAAACAUUCCACCGACUCGAAAACCGUGA